CAUGGAGACGCAGAAAGCCGAUAAUGGAGAUCGUCGGAAAAACCGGACGUCGGGAGACAAUAAAUGACAAUAAGUGAUGCGAAGGCUGAUCGAUAUAAAGUGACCGGAACGCCCGUACCGAGUCAGAAAAGACCCACUGCUCUCUGAGGAACAGUCCGCUCUGAGAGACACCGCAAACCUGCACUGGAACCUCCACAGCCAGAGACCCCCGCACAGACAGAAGGAAGGAAGGAAGGAAGGAAGGAUGCGCUGCACGCUGAUUGGUGCCCUGGCCGCCGCGUUCCUCGUCGCCGCGCUGGUGGAGCGGGCGGAGAGCCACUUCACCUUCUUCAGUCCCAAAGAGAUGAGGGAGAUGAUGGAGAGAGGGAGAGCUGGUAAAAAGUCUGUGGACUUGGAGCCAAGGUCAGAGGAGGGGCAGUUUGAGGAAGUGGCCAUCCCAGAGCGGAGUGAGGAGGUGGGAGGAUCCCAGGUAAGACUCUUUCUGAUUCGCUGGCUGGGCCCAUGUGACAACUCAUUGACAGCUCAGGGAGGGCGGAAGACCCUAGGUAACAACUGACAAAUGGUGGGUUUCCAAAUAAUGGGAAAAGUAUUCAUCUGUUAACUACAGUGACCACUCACAACUAGUCUGCACUACAGAUGAUGUACACUAAGGGUGUCACACUCCAGUCCUGGGGGGCUGCAUUGGGGUGCAGGUUUAUAACUCUGGUCCUGGACGGCCGCAGUGUCUGCAGGUUUAACUCCAGUAUAUAAAUUAUGAUUUUUAAUUUCCUAGUGUUUUCAAUGAAACUUUGAUAGUAUCCAACCAAUGGUACAACUGAUGAGCUUUCUAUUUAUGCAUCAAACUCAUGAAUGGCAGGGAGCUAUAAGGUUAUUUUAUGACACUAAUGCUAUAUCCUUGAUAAACUGUUAUAUUUUCAAACAAGUAUUUUCCCCACAGUCUUAGUGUCUACU